AUGAGUGAAGCUGAGGAGGAUGGUAAUAUUAAAAUAAACAUUAAAUGCACUUCGAAUUCUUUUGAGAUUUCUGUUUCAUCAAAAGCAACCUUAGCUGAAGUUAAGGAUGUGAUUUUGACUAAGUUGGAGAAUGCCACGAAGCCACAGCUCUGCUUAAUUUUUUCGGGUAAAAUUCUUAAAGACCAGGAGACUCUUGUUCAACAUAAUAUCACCGAUGGCAUGGCUAUUCAUCUUGUCGUUCGUCAAAAUAACAGCACAUUGCAGCGUCCUGCAGCUAGCACUUCUUCUCCUCAACAAGCUCCAUCAGUUAAUCCUCCGACUACUCCAUCAAGUGGGGCUUCAACUGGGGCUACUCCUCGCCCUAGUGCAUCUCCCGCUGAUCAAGCUCGUGCUGGAAACGCCUCUUCACCCUUUUAUCCCUCACCUGAUAGAUUGAGAAGAAUGAUGGAAAGUCCAGUUGUACAAAGGCUUCUGAGCAACCCUGAUAUUAUGCGUUCAAUGUUUGCAAAUAAUCCCCAAAUUCAAAGUAUUAUUGAGAGAAAUCCCGAAGUUGGCCACAUAUUGAAUGAUCCCGACGUCAUGAGACAAACUAUGGAGCUUUUGCGUAAUCCUAAUAUGUACCAAGAAAUGUUACGUUCUCAUGACUUAGCUAUUCGUAAUCUACAAGGAAUCCCUGGUGGUGAAGCUGCUCUUCAACGUUUGUAUCAUGAUGUACAGGAGCCUCUACUCAACGGAACUGUUGCUGGACUUGGAGGAAAUCCUUUUGCUUCUAGAAAUGGUCAAGAAGAUACUUCUUCUCGUAGUCAAAGAGCUGGAGUUGAAAACAGUGAAGCUUUACCUAACCCUUGGGGAAAUUCUGGCGGUAAUGCUGCUGAAGGAGCUGAACGUGGGGCUGAAGGUGCUGAUCAUCCUUUCGGGUCACUAGGUUCCUUAGGAGGUUUAGGUGGUUUGGGAUCAUUUGAAGAAAUGUUCAACAACCCUGCUAUUGAUCAGAUGAUCAAUCAGAUGAUGCCAGCAUUCUUAGAGCAGUUCCUUCAGAGAGAUCCUAAUGCGGCUAAUAAUCCUCAAAACCAGCAAAUCUCCGAAGCUUUCAACAAUAUUGCUCGUCCAGAGCACUUGUUAGCUAUGGCUAAUCCUCAAGUUAACGAAGCUGUUCGACAGAUUUAUGAUGGAAUUGAAGUACUUCGUAGAGAAGCACCAGAAUUAGCUCGAUUGCUCUUCAACCCAUUAGGAGGUAUACCUGCACCUUUAAACCUUGAUGGUGCUAAUGCCCAGGCCAACGCUCCAAGCGCUGCUGGAACUGGAGGCGCUGCUAGUGGCGUUGCUGGAAACCCUUUCCCACCUGAGUUCAUGAAUAUGAUGAAUAGUAUGUUGGGAGGAAUUAAUCUGGGGGGAGGUGCAGCGGGUGCUGGAGCAGCUCAACCUGCUCAGAAUCCAGAAGACCAAUAUGCAUCACAGCUUGAACAACUGUCAACCAUGGGUUUCACUAAUCGGGCCCAGAAUAUUGCCGCUCUUCGUGCCACAUUCGGUGACAUAAACGCUGCUAUCGAACGACUUCUCAACUCUCCACAAUAG